AUGACAUCCCAUGCUUAUGACCAUUUCAGGUGCAAAUCAUCUCAAAGCUGCAGCUUCUGUUCAAUUGCCGAUGGAUCAGAAUACGUGGCGCCUGGUCUCCAGGCUUCAAUUAAAGAAAACAUCUUGACAGAAGCUGGCCGUGGAUCAUCAUUCAGUGGCAGAAUUUGGUAUUAUAAUGGUUGGAAAUCUGUGAAUCUACGCGCGUUGCUAAAACCCUCGGUCUUUGCGGCAUCGACUGCGAUCUUUUUUGGUCAGAUAGCUCGCGAGCAAGAUUUCGCCUCGUCGCUGAUCCGAUAUGCUCUCGAUAUGGAGCUUUCUGACAACACGCAACAAUAUGUGCCCGUUUUUAUCGCUCCAACCGUCCAUUUCAUCGUUACUAGAAAUGAGCGCGCAAAGCAUAGAUUAAUCCAGCGACUAGCUCUCGCAUUAGAGCAAGCAGAAGAAGAAAAACUGCCCAAAUUCUUGCGGACCGCAAUUGUUGCUCCUGGUAAAGAACAGGUCAAGUCUUCGGUUGUCGCUGAAGCAAUUCUGUCUGCAUGGCUCAAGCUAUCAAAUCAGGCUUUACUUAUUCUUACUCACACAAUUGUACAAGCCUGUGUGCAACUGGAUCUUGAAUCGCUACGUCGAGAGAUUGGAGACCCUAAGUUGCGCACAUAUGAAGGUCUGAAUAAUCUACCUUUGCUGCAUAGGGUUUUGGAAGAAUCUUUAGAGAACUAUUUCGAUAAUCUGAGAGAUGUGGAUAGGCAAGAGGCUACAGUCGCAAAUUCAGCCAAUUUCCUUCAGGAUUUCUCUCCUCCUCAUCACAUUGGGGAAGAUUGGCCAUCAAAUGUAGCAGAUGCUAGAGCUUCCAUACUCUUGACGUCAAAAAUUACGCUUGCUUACCUUCUAGCUGUGUUGAACAUUCAGGUUGACCAAGAGACGACUUCGAGAUUCAAAAACCUCGAUCAAAGUUUGUUGUUACACCACGUCAAGGUUGCUGUACGUGUCCGGAACUAUGUGGAGGAGGAUUAUUUCUAG